GUGAGAGGGCAGCUGAGCCCUGGCUCCCGCUUCUGCUCCAGCCAAGAUCUGCCCACCAUGGCUCUGGUGCUGAUCCUCCAGCUGCUGACCCUCUGGCCUCUGUGUCAUGCAGACCUCACUUCAACUGGCUCCCAGGAAUCCCAGGGCCCCAGUAGCCCUGUUUUUUCAGUCCCGCCAGCCUUAUACCCCAAGCCAUGGCUGGGGGCUCAGCCUGCUGCAAUUGUAACCCCUGGGGUCAACGUGACCUUGAGGUGCCAGGCACCUCAACCUGCCUGGCGGUUUGCACUCUUCAAGUCUGGAGAGAUCACCCCUGUGCUGUACCGGGAUGUGUCCAUGGAGCUGGCAGAGUUCUUCCUGGAGGAGGUGACCCCAGCCCAGGGAGGCUGUUACCACUGCUGCUACCGGAAUCCAGGCUGGAAUCUGGGUGUCUGGUCCCACCCCAGUGAUACGUUGGAACUGCUGGUGACAGACCAGCUGCCACCCCCGUCGCUGGUGGCGCUGCCCGGGCCGGUGGUGGCGCCCGACGCCAACGUGAGCCUGCGCUGCGCCGGCCGCCUGCGGGGCAUGAGCUUCGCGCUCUACCGCGUGGGCGUGGCGGCCCCGCUCCAGUACCGCGACUCGGCCGAGCCCUGGGCCGACUUCCCGCUGCGCGGCGCCAGCGCCCCCGGCACCUACAGCUGUUAUUACCACACGCCGUCCUCCCCGUACGUGCUGUCGCUGCGCAGCGAGCCGCUGCUCAUCAGCGCCGACGGCUCGGGCUCCUUGGACUACAUGCAGGGCAACCUCGUCCGCCUGGGGCUGGCCGGCCUGGUGCUCAUUUCCCUGGGCACACUGGUUGUUUUUGACUGGCGCAGCCAGAGUUGUGCCCAGGCAGUGUCAGGCCCUGAGCCCCAGAGGACUGGACACAGAUGCCUCGCAGUGUGAGAAGACUGCCCAGAGACAGCGAGAAGAAACAGGGAUUCCUGGUGUUGGACUGGCCCCACAGUCCCCCUGGCUGAGCCCAGCUUCUGGGUCGUAAUAAGCUUCGUACUGUG